AUGAAGAAUAGUAAGGGGAGGAAUUUAAAUAUCAUUGGGCUUAUAGAUGAACUAGAUUAUAUACUAUGCCAUUUGAGUAAAAAUUGUGAAGGAGACGUGUGUCAUAAUAAUUUCGAUGUUGUGAAAAAUUAUAUUAACUCUGGAAAUAAUAAAGAAAACAGAGUUCUUGAUUUCAUGAAUAGUAUGAAAAAAAUCUUCAGGGAGGAAAACAAUGAAGAUUAUUGUUGUGAUAGAAAAUAUGAGUCUUGA